UAAUAGAGCGGCGAUUGGAGGCCACCGAUUAAUCCGGCCUGAGCGAGGCAAAUUUAAAAGUAACACGGAUUUUUAUGCAACAAUUGUUCAGCAAAAUCAGGAGCAUCUGCGUCUUUCAUUCAGCGGUUGGGGUGGAUUUAUAAUAGAUCUUUCGAUACUUUUUUUAUACCGGAUAAUAAUUUGAUAAUAUAUUUUGUUUUGCUGCCGCAUAAAGUCUACAGUUUAAAAGUUGGAUUGCUUCCUAUUUGGAAAUUGGGAUCUUUCUCGAGCACAGAACCCACCGCAUUUUUAUAAGCACGAAUUGUCACCAGAGUUCAUUAGCAGGCGAUCAUAGGACUGUACGUGCGUAAUACAUUGGUAGUGACAGACCAAGAGAGGAUAAGAAGAUGACUUCUCCUCUGAAGCCAUUCAAUUCCAUGGAUUUGUACAGCACGCCUCGAAGGAUAUCCGGGUGUUCAAAAGACAGAAUAUCGCGACGGACGCUUAGUAAACUGGCAUCUAAGGAAAAUGAGCAAACUGUAGAAAGUCACGUUAUUGCGAAGACACGUACCCGAUCUAUAACGCCAAUGAUUUCCAAGACCCAGGCUAACUUAAUAUCGAAUUUAGAAACGUGUAACAGAUCAUCUGAUAAGGCUGUAAGUCCUAAUCUUGCCACGUUGAGAAUGACACCAGGUCCCAGUCUCCAAGAGAAGCAAAAGCUACUACAGGAAAAGCAUCAAAGAGCCAAAGAGAGUGUGGACAGACUUGCUGUAGGAGGAGGGGUCAGUCUGUGGCCUGAGAUGGACAGCAUGCGUCUCUCUGCAGAGGAGGGUGUUGUUUUGGGUUUGUUGUGUGUUGUCGUGACCUUCGCCACAUGCUACCUCUUCAAAUACCUGCACGGUUCCCUGCUGCACAGCAUGCGUCGCUACACGGCGGCGGUGGAUGGUUUUUCCGCCGUCCACCCCAUCUUACGGGCCUCCCAGGCCGCCCUGGACCACAGCUUGCUCAUCUGGCACUCUCACUUCCUACAGCUGCUAGACGAGAUUAAGAAGCAGUUUGAAACCCACCUCAUGAAAGCCCACACAACCUACCUCAUAUACCUGGUGCUCUAUGCCAGUGCCAUUGCCACUCUGCUCUACUACCUGAUAGAUAAUGUCAUCCAGAAAAGCAAACUCACCCCCAGAAGGAUGAAAGUAUGGGUGCUGCUGCUUGUUGCCACGGCGUCCUGGACUUUGCUGAUGUUUCACCUGCUAGUGUCAUAUCAGCGGCUGGAGCAGUCCAUAGAGGAGACAGUCUGGAGGCUUCUGGAUGAGCGGGCUCAUCUUGCAACUAUGGACUUGAAUCUGAAAAUGUACCGUAACGUCGCCACCUACUGGAAGGAGCACUGCCUGCCGCCGCUAUCCCGAGGCACCCUGAGUGUGUUUGGGAUGGUACCAGUACGGGAUGUUUUCUUCUACCUGCAGUACUACAGCGUCCCCAUUCUGACUGCCUUAUGCACCCCGAUUCUCAAGCUCCUCGUGGCUCUGAAGGAGACGUACAUUGAUCCACACCGAGUCCAUCCCAGGCAGAGACCACUUUCCUGGCGGUGAAGGGGCACUUGGCCGUUGCCCAAUGGCAAAUAGGGCCUGUGGUUGCGGAUUCCAGUCACAAUACAUCCUACAUUAGCAGCACAAUUAAAACCUGCAUUUUAUUUUUCUUAAAGCUGCUUCUGUUUUAUUUUUUGCCAUAAGUAAAGCAAUUUACGCCAGUUCCUGCCAUAAGUAUUCGGAUGUGCAAACAUUCUGUUUAGUAAACUUCAGUUUUUUUAAAAUUUAUUUAUAUUGUUUUUAUCGAGUAGGAAUGGAGCUGCUGCGCUACUGUUAUUGAGAAAUUUUGCCCUAAAGUCAUAGAUUUAAUAUUUUAUCACCAAAUCAUGUCCUGUGCCAUUGUUUUACUUUGGAUUUGAAAGUAAAAUAAUACUGAAUAGCAUCAAAUUUUCUAAAAUUUCAUAAACAAAUGUAGAUGUAUCUUUAACUGUCUUGCAUGUAUUUUUUUUUUUUUAAUAAGUUUAAUCUUUGAUUUAUGAUUAACAAAACAACAUACUUUUUCAUCAAACUUUCAGAAAGGUGGCUUAUACAUUUCGGGCACUAUUAAUAAACAUGAUCCAUAAGCUAAAUAAAAAAGA